AUGUUGUAUGUAGUAUUCAAAGGCAAAAUGUUAUUUGUUCAGUGGAAGUUACAGUUUAAACGUCUAUCAGUACUGUGUUAAGCCACAUAAGGAAUGAAAAAUACCUAGAAAAUUAUGGAAACGUAGCAGAUCAUACAAUUUCUAUAAACUAAAAACUACUCCAGAAGUUUUCACUUCGUUUUACCCAACAAAAUUUUUUUUAAAAAGAUGCUCUCUUGAAAUACCAUCACGUCCUGCCCUGUUUCUAAAUAACGUUUAAUAACUCAAUAUGACUUUGAAAUACAGAGCAGUAUUUCGAAUGAUCUUUACAUACCGUGUAGUUCUCAUUGUCUUCGUGUUAUGGUUAAUUUCAAACAUAAUUUUCUUUCAUAAAUUAUUACCAAUGGCUAAUUACCAACACAAGGAAAUUCCCAUGGGUUUGACCAGAAAUGAAAGUGAACGUUUAGAAAAACUAAGUGAAAAGUUGAGAAGAUUGGAGAAAAUAAACUUUAACGGAAAGCAUUAUGACGAAUACAAAAACUAUUCGCAAGGUCACAGAAAUGGGGAAAAUAAUUUUCUCAUAAUUAAAGACGAGAAAAACGAAAACAAAAUACUCCCUGAUAAUAAAGGACGUAUUACUGCUCCAAACCCUCUGCAAAUCAAUAAUAAUUACAAUAAGGCAAAGGAAAACAUUUUGAUCCACAAAGGUGAAAUACAGAAGUAUGAUAUGGAUUUAUUACAAGAUGUUGCGGAAGAAAAUUACCCAGGAAAAGGCGGGGCCAAAGUCAUCAUCGAUGUUAAUGAACUGACAGCUUCUGAGAAAGAACAAUUUGAUCUAGGCUGGCAACGAAACCAAUUCAAUCAAUACGUAAGUGAUAUGAUUCCCCUGAACAGAGAUAUUGCAGAAGUUCGGGAACCAGGAUGUGACCGAGUGACUUAUCCCAGUAACCUACCUAGCACUACAGUAAUAAUUUGCUUCCACAACGAAGCUUGGUCUACAUUGCUGCGUACCGUUCACAGUGUUCUUAGACACACUUCAUUAGAAUUGCUGUCAAGUAUCAUAUUAGUUGAUGACGCGUCUACUUUCCAAUUCCUCAAAAGACCGUUGGAGGAUUAUAUAAAACAGCUACCAAAAGUCCGCAUAAUCAGAAGUACAACACGACUAGGUUUAAUUCGAGCGAGGCUAUUCGGGGUAAAUGCAUCAAGGAGCGAAAUAAUUACGUUCCUAGAUUCACACUGCGAAUGUGUGGCAGACUGGUUGCGCCCUAUGCUAGCAAGACUUGUUGAAAAGCCGAAUUCUGUGGUAUCACCAGUCAUUGAUACUAUUGACAGUAAUACAUUCGAGUACUUCACCGCUCUCGGGGAUGAUAUCAAUGUCGGCAUAUUUGACUGGUCUUUAGCUUUUAAAUGGAUGCUAUUACCAGAAAGAAUUAAGAAAAUCCGAAUAUCAAAUUUAGACCCGGUUAUGACUCCGACAAUUGCAGGUGGUCUUUUAUCAAUGAGAAAAGAUUUCUUUGAAAGAUUGGGCACUUUCGACCCCGGUUUUGAAACGUGGGGUUCUGAAAAUCUUGAGCUAUCUUUUAAGACAUGGAUGUGUGGAGGUCGUAUGGAUAUUAUGCCGUGCUCUCAUGUUGGGCAUAUAUUUCGGGCAUCUUCCCCUUAUAAGUGGCCAAAGGGUGUUGCUGUAGUAAAGAAAAACGCUAUAAGAUUAGCGGAAGUCUGGAUGGACAAUUACAAAAAUAUAUAUUACAAUCGAAUUAACUGGAAUUUGGUAAAUUAUGGUGAUGUUAGUCAGAGAAAAACACUCCGUGAAAACUUAAAAUGUAAAACUUUUAAAUGGUAUUUGAAAAAUAUAGUACCUGAAAUGUUAUGGAUUAAAGAAGUCAUUAAUGACGGAUUGGUAAUGAAUUUGGAUUCUAGAAACUGCCUAGUAGCGGCUAAUGGAAUGCGUGUAGAGGUUACCAAAUGUGAUAAAGCGAGUGCAAUUCAGCAUAUUUAUUAUACCACAAAAAACGAACUAAGAAUAAAUGACAACUGUUUAGACUUUAAGAAGGAUUUAAGAGCAAUAUCAUGCCAUGAUAUGAAAGGUAACCAGGUUUGGACUUUACUUUCGAAUAGAAUGAUCUACCAUAAUGUAAGUAACCUGUGCUUAGAAAACGUUGAAAGUGAUGUAACGUUAAUGCCAUGUUCUUAUAAACCUCAACAAAUGUGGAGUGUUUUGGAAAAUAGACAUGCUGAAAAUGAAGACUAAAUGAGCUACUUCUGAAUAUAAAUGUCAGUCCCUUCAUGUUAUUCUUCUCAAGAAUCCUAUAUCUACCUGAAUAAUGCAAAAGAAUUCAUUCCAAGGAAGCUAGUCAAGUGAAAAAGCUGCGGAAAGCUUGAAUAUUCACUUCAAUUUCUGGUAUAACUUUUAUAGUAUGUUGGGAAGCCGUAGAAGAAAUAAUUGAUACGGCUUACUUCCUUUAAAACAAUUGAUUGCUAUUUGGAUGAGAAAAUACACAAUUCAGGAAGAACAAAGCAUGUCUUAAAUAUCAAAUACUUGGAAAUAGUGAUCAACUUGUUUUAUUGCUGUGUAACUAAAUUGUAUAAAAGAAUUUUUAUACUGAGAUAAAAGAUGAUCAAAUGAUGUGCAUUCAUUUGUACUAAGGACUAAUACAAUAUUUAAAACAGAAAAUGUGCCUAGAGACCUCUAGUGUUUUGUAGAAACUGAUUUGGCGAAAUAAUUCCAUUCCAACACUUAUUGAUUAAAUUUUCUUAAAGAAUCGUCCGACAAACAUUUGUUCUCUCAUAUAUGAUUGGGAUAUAUAUUUAUUUAAUCUGUAAACUUGGUGUUAACUCAAUCAUAUCUUACCCCCAGAGUCAUAUCUAAUGUCAGACAUACCAGUGUGUUUCGCUAUACAUGUAUAUUGCUACAGUGUAAUACACCAAAUAGUCCUAUAUUUCGUUUUCAUUGCAACAUUUCUCACUUUCACUAUUAAAGUCACAGAUUGCAUCUUGUAUGACAAUGCAUAUGUUUUGAUAUGUUGGUGUAAUUCAAUAAACAUUUUUAUGGUUA